AUGCCAGGGGAUGUCCAUGUCUACGUCCUGGGUCUGGCACCAGGGCCCGCGUAUUGCCGAGUCCGUCGUCAGUUCCUCGCCCCUGGUGUCGGGAUGGAGCAGCGUUUGUAUCGCAUUGUGGAGGACUUUGCAAGGUUCUUUGCUUCGGCGUGGAACAAUAGGCCAGCCGUUGAGCAGCCUCCCGGCUUGCUCGAAGAGUAUUACGAGUUUCUUGACCAAGUUUCUCAGCGUUUGCCUCUGUCUGAACGGUUGCUUGCUAAGGUAGACGAGGUCCGGCAGGGACUCCCGCUUCUCUUCAGGCCCGGCUACCCCGUGGUUGUCCAACAUGACGACCUCUUGGAGAACAACAUCCAUGUGGAUGAGGCCACAGGCCGGGUCACAGGAAUCGUCGAUUGGGCUGAUGCCAUCAUUGCGCCAUUUGGGGUUUCUAUCGCCGGCCUCGAGACUGUGCUUGGCGUUCAGACCCUGACUAGUUGGCACCUCCAUGCUAGUCAUUACAGCAUCCGGCAGCGUUUCUGGGAGACUUUUUACGGUGAGAUCGGAGACAUUUCGGAAGAGGACCGGCGCUCAAUCGAAGUCGCGCGGCUGUUUGGACUCUUUUGGACGCAUGGCUUUGAUGAAAAAGUUAGGGCAAUCGCUGCGCUCGAGGCGUUAUGCCCCCUUUAG